AUGGGUGCGUUCCUGGACAAGCCGAAGAUGGAGAAGCAGAACGUUCACGGCGAGGGGAAUGGGCUGCGCUACGGCGUGAGCAGCAUGCAGGGCUGGCGCGUGGAGAUGGAGGACGCUCACACGGCCGUCAUCGGUCUCCCGCACGGCCUCGAGCCCUGGUCCUUCUUCGCCGUGUACGACGGCCACGCCGGCUCUCAGGUCGCCCGCUACUGCUGCGAACACCUGCUCGAGCACAUCACCAGCAACCCCGACUUCCAGGGCGGCAGCGGAGGGGAGGAGGAGCCGAGCGUGGAGCGUGUCACGUCAGGGAUCAGGACCGGCUUCCUGCAGAUCGACGAGCACAUGCGUGAGAUGUCGGAGCGGAACCGGAGCGGCUCGACGGCGGUGGGCGCCAUGAUCUCGCCGCGUCGCAUCUUCUUAAUCAACUGCGGCGACUCCCGGGGGCUGCUGAGCCGCGCCGGCGCCGUGCACUUCUCCACGCAGGACCACAAACCCAGCAACCCGCUGGAGAAACAGCGCAUCCAGAACGCAGGGGGAUCCGUCAUGAUCCAGCGUGUGAACGGCUCUCUCGCCGUGUCCAGAGCUCUGGGAGAUUUCGACUACAAGUGUGUGAGUGGAAAAGGCCCCACGGAGCAGCUCGUUUCCCCCGAGCCCGAGGUUUACGCCAUCGAACGCUGCGAAGCCGAGGACGAGUUCAUCGUUCUGGCCUGCGACGGCAUCUGGGACGUGAUGACCAACGAGGAGCUGUGUGACUUCGUACGCUCGAGACUGCAGGUCACCGACGACCUGGAGAGAGUGUGUAACGAGAUCGUCGAUACCUGUCUGUACAAGGGAAGCAGAGACAACAUGAGCGUAGUGUUGGUGUGUUUUGGCGGCGCGCCGAAGGUUUCACCAGAAGCUGUGAAGAGGGAAGCAGAACUCGACAAAUACUUGGAGAACCGAGUAGAAGAGAUCCUGAAGAAGCAGAACGAUGACGGAGUACCAGAUCUUGUGCACGUGAUGCGAAUGCUGGCGUCAGAGAGCAUCCCAAACUUACCGCCUGGAGGAGAGCUGGCCAGCAAGCGAAGCGUUAUUGAAGCAGUAUAUAACAAACUCAACCCCUACAGGAAUGAGGACACAGACUCUGCGUCCGCUGAUGACGUGUGGUAGCGUUUUACAACACACACACCUUCCCCACGCCGCUCCGGCUUCUCACACACACACACACACACACACACACACACACACUCACACUCAGCGGAACCGACGGGACGCCAGCCGAAGAGGAGGAGCGAGGGAAUCAUCCCUUUACACUCAGCUACACUCACAACGGGACGUUUUAUUCCUUCUGUUUUUUAUUUUCCUGAUAUCUUUUUUUUUUUUUUUUUUUUUUUUGGGCUGUAAUUAAUUUGAUUCACAUCGUCGUGUGUGUUUGUAUAUUUGUUUUUGAAGUGCAAUUGUAAAAAAAAAAAAAAAAAAACCAACAAAAAAAACAUAAGCCUGUAUCAAACGCAGCUUGUUAUUAAAUGUUUAAAAAAAAAAAAAAAAAAAAAAGACUAAACCUUAUAAAAUAUAAAAAAAAAAGAAGAAAAAAAGAGGAAACCUUUAUGCACUAUCUGCCUUGUCAUAGGAAAUGUCAACUCUUCAGCUCGAAAGCUUGUUUUUCCUACAUUUCCGUCAGGCGUGUGCCGACGAUGUGUUUUUACACCGCGAUAUUUGGGAAUAAAGAAAAAGAACAAAAAAAAAAAAUGGUGGUGUGCGAGAUGUUUUUAAAACGUAUCGUGUGAAAGGAAUUAUGGGAUAAAGCAGAAAAGACGAUCCAGAACCACAACCUGAGGACGCCGAGACUCUGAGCCGAACAAGCCCUCUGAUUGGUCGUUGUUGUAGUGGGCGUUCCUAUCUGUGGUUGCCGUGGUUUCUCCGUUAGUGUAACAUGACUGCAGAAACAUACAAACAACACAGCGAGCUACAGGACGAACGCAGAAACCACGUGGUUCGCCACAAAUCAAUCGUCUUCCGACGAAACAAAUAAAACAACGUACGGCUGGUUCAGGAGCCGCGAAUACGCCGAACCUGAUUUCACUCUUUUCCCCGACGCUCGCCGCGGCCAUCGUGUCCUUUUUACACCCGACACCGUGUGGAAAACUCCCAAGCGUUCAUCUGUAACGUCAGAAAAACGUUCUCAGAACAUGUUCUUCUUCACAUGGUGCUCGUGAUGUUUCUCUCGCCGUGUUCCCGGUUGGAAACUAAACUGACGGCGUGUUCGUGUAACUGACACGCCGCAGUGACGUCAUAGGAACAGUUCAUCUUCUAACUUUUUAACUUAACUGUUAGCUGAGGGUUUUUUCUUUACGAUGGGUUUUUGCUGGAGAACAGACGGCUGCCUGGUUCUGGACGUACUCGCGUGUGCGCCGCGUGUGCGCCGCGUGUGCGCCGCGUGUGAGCCGCGUGUGAGCCGACACCGCUCGUCUGUACUCGCCGUUUAAAGACGGACGCUGAUCGUCAGGUGGUUCGAUUGUUUCAGAGUCGUUCCGAACACGACAGACAGUUUUACGGCGCAGAAACGCCGCCUGCCUCGGCCCCUCCUCCUCUCGCCAUCCGCUACCGCCACAUGGCGCGUGUGGAAUAUCGCGGCGUAUCGUGGAACCGGUCAUCGGCGCACGCCUGACGUCAUGGUCAGAUUUUUUUUCCUGCUCCUUUGAUGAAACGGGUAAAAGAUAACGGGCUUACAGCGCAGAGAGCUUUUUUCUUUCUUUUUUUUUUUUUUUUUUUUAAUGGAUCCAUUUGUUUUCUUUGCUUGUUAUUUUUUCUUGAUUGGCACAUAGGACACAUCGCUUCAGAGAGACAGAGAGAGAGGGUGUGUGUGUGUGUGUGUGUGUGUGUGUGUGUGUGUGUGUGUUUUACAGUCCAGAUUUAAUUUGUCUUUCUUUUGGAAUAGUUGUUAAUGUUUUUGAAAGGAAAAAAAAUCUUCCUUGAACUCUUCCUUACAACCAAGCUAAGCUCAAGUGUGUGUGUGCGUGUGUGCGCGUGUGUGCGCGUGUGCGCGUGUGUGCGUGUGUGCGUGUGUGGGUGUGCGCGUGUGCGUGUGUGUGUGUAAUGCUGAAUUUUCCUUCAGAUCCACUGAACACUGUAUCAUUAUUCAUCUUUUAUUAUUUUUCCUCAGAAAUGUUUGUGUAUUUUUUUUAUUAUGAUUGAUUGUGUAAGAUUCCUGCGCUGUGUUCCAAUACCUUUUUUAUUUUUUUAUUUUAUUUAUUUAUUUAUUUUAAUAAAGUGAGCCCUUGUUCACGUCCCCUUACCACGAUCCCGGAAGUGUGUAACACUCACAGUGCAGUCAGCGCGAGUCCGAGUCCUUAUUACUGUGUAAUAAAACUGUAAUUACAAGAUAAUAAACUAAAGAGUAGCUACGAGGAAGUAAACACGGAAACAAUGUUAAUUACAGUUAUGGGUGUGUAACUAAGCCACGCCCACAAUCAUAUGCACAACAAAGAAUUUCAGAAAACGCACAAACGUGUAGGAAUUCGCUCAUUAUUUUAUUUUAUUAUUUGGAUUUGGAUAUUCUGCAUUAAGGCUCCUUUAACUGAAUGUUGUUUACAGCGUUAAUUAACAUUAAUAAAUAAUAAACAACACGCAGCAAACAAACAAACAAACAAACCUGACGAUUAGUGCACGUGUUAAUGACUUACGGUGUAUUAAAGCUGACGUUUGUGUGUUAUUAAUGUUAACUGGGUCAUAAAGCCGUAAAGUAAAGCGUUAAUGCAUGCGAUGGAGUUUAUAUAUUUAUUGUGUUAAUGUUUUUAUUCACAUACCAGCAUUGUUUUUGUUUUUUUUUGUUUUUUUCCAUUUAAAUUCAAGAUUUUGUUUUUUUGGAAGGGUUGAACCUUAGGUGAACCUUUUAUAAAAAUGUUUGUUCAUUUCUUUAGUUGUUGGUUUGUUAAUUUGCGUUAGUUUUUAACGUCACACACCGUAAACUGCUUUGUUUGCUUUUGUUUUUUUUUUUUUUUAAAAACGACUCAUACUGCAGCAGUGCAUUCUGGGUAACUUGUGUUCAUAGAGUCUUAACUUAAUUUGCGCUGAUAAAAACACCACAACAGCCUUUAAGAUGGCGGCGGAGAGGAUUUGAGGAUCUAGGGGAAGUGGACGAGGGUGUAUUUUAAAAAUAAAUAAAUAAAUACAAUAAAUAAAAUAAAACAAAUAAAUAAAUAAAUAUUGGAACACAGCCUUGGAGCAUCUUACACCUACUGCGAGCAUUCAGACGUCACAAUUUGUUCUUCGACCAAUGUUUCAUUUUCCAGCAUUGUGUGUGCGUGUGUGUGCGUGUGUGUACGCGUGUGUACGCGUGUGUGCGUGUGUGUGCGUGUGUGUGCGUGUGUGUGCGUGUGUGUGCGCGUGUGUGUGUAGAGCUGAUGCUUUUCCAUGUUGUUCUAUUUUACCGUAUUCUUCUUUCUGAACACGUUUUUUAUUUUUAUACAUUUUUCAGCAGAGAACAAACACAAAGCUUUUUUUGUUCCACUUUGGGAGUGUGUGUAUCUGUUCCUCAGGCUCUGGGACGUUUACUGUUGUGUGUUUUUUUUUGUUUUAAAUCGGGAACAUGUCUGAACACUGUUUGCUGCUAGUGUGUGAUUAAUAGACUUGUUGAUGGAAUUGUUGAUUUUUUUUUUUCUCCAUUGGGCAAUGCUGUAAAUGUUUCUGUAAAAUCUGAUUUCUGCAGAGAGAACAUCUCUCACACACACACACACACACACACACACACAGGUGUGUUCGCUGUACUAUAGCUCUGUUUAGUUCUUUAAUUUCUGGUGGGUAGUUUGUCCAUGUGUCCCUCCUGCUGAGCCGAACCUCAAUAAUAAACCAGAUUCCUUAAAAAAUCAAAAAAAAAUUAAAAAAUAAAAAACAGAUUUUAUUUUCAGAGUUUGUUAGCGGGAUUAAUUUCAGAGCUAACGAUUCCACCCAGUGUGUUUAGACUGCAGUGUUUCAUUGUUAAACCUCACAGGGUAAUUUAUUCAAAAUAGAAUUCUUAUAUUAACAGAAUUGACAAUCUAAUGCUAGAUAACGGAUCUGAACACGUGUUGAACUGGGGAAUAUUUUUGUAAUAAUCUGACGGAGGUGAAACAGGAGGAAACCUGAGAAACAGAACAGAACCGUCCUGUUCAUCUGUCCAUCUGUUUUUCUGUCAUGUGAUGAGGAAACUGUUUCAUGCUUUUAAUCUGAUCUCAAUAAAGCAUUUAUAACACACUCAAAGCACUCUUUCAACAUGCAAAGGACAAAAACUAAACUUUAAACACUACAGCAUUUUAUUAUUGUAGUUUAUUUAUUCAUUUCUUUGUUUGUCUCGAGCUGAUAAACUGAUGAGACGCAGAAUAAUCACAACACGAUACUGUUUCUCCUGAUAUUUGCUUAUUUCAUGCUGAGAAAAAAACAGAUCUCAGCUGUCCAUCAAACUAGGAGGCGGGGCAAUAAACAGGAAGUAGUAAUAAGUUGUAACGUGUUUCGUUGAUGGUUUAUUAGACGAUUCAAAAAUUAAUAUUAAACAUUUAAUAAUUUAAUAUUUGUGGAUUGUAACGGAGAAAUCGGCUGUAGUAGAGCACGUAGUAUAACGCGAUUGUUCUUAAAUAUCACAAAGCCGCCUGUACGAUUAGCGGCGGGUCGAUACGACCGAAAUGUCAUCAUCACGAUACCUGGAGUCGUUUAUAUACGAUACAUGAUGCUGUGGCAGCAAAACAGCAGUGUUACAUUUCUCCCAAAAAAAACUAUAAAACUAUUUCAAUCAAUCAAUCAAUUAAUCCACGAGUUUGAUUUUACUUUUAUUUCAUGUCUAAAAAAAUAAACUGCUGAAAACUGUGUUCAAAAACUGUGAGAAAACUGUGAAAAUUUGAAAAACCCAGAAACUCAGAAACCUCAAAAAUCAGGAAUCAAAAUAAUGUUUUAACUUAAAAUCUGAGCAUUUAAUAAUAAUAAUAAUAAAGUGCCAGAAUUUUACUGUAGUCUGAUAUUUUAAAUAAAAGAUGGUAUUCAUAAAAUAUAUCUGUAAUUAGGAAGUCUGUGGAAUUUUAUUAUUUAGUUUUUGGUCAAUACAAUGAGUUUAACUCGAUAAUACAGUUAUUAUUUGUUUUACGAACAAACGUUGAAUUUUUUUUUUUUAUGACAAACACGUUUUAGCGUUUCUGUGUCCUGCGCGGAGAGAAGCAGCGUACAUCAGAACACCACGUUCCCAUUUUACAGCUUUAAAACAGGCUUUUAUUCAGAUUUGAUUUGAUUUUUUAUUUUUACACAUUUUUGUUUCAUCAUCAAACACGUCUCAUACGGCUUGUCUGUGGAAUUAGUGCUUUAUAACGUGUUAUGAAUGCUUUAUUUCAUGUAACACACUUGGGCAUGAAAACACAAACUUUGAAAGUGUGUUUUGAGGUAAUAAGGACUGCUGUUCGCUAAAUAAUUAACCAAAUAACCAAAUACUAAAUAAUUGUCCACAUUUAUAUCUUUAAAAUCUUUUUUUUGUGUUUUAAAUGUCCUGAAUUAAUUCUACACAUUCUCUGUGUGUGUGUGUGUGUGUGUGUGUGUGUGUGUUUUUAAUCAUGUGUAAAUGCUGUGUAGUAGGCGUGUGUAUGUGUGUGUGUGUGUGUGUGUGUGUGUGUGAGAGACAUUUACAUACCUCCCCCCCCAAAAAAAAAUCUGGAUUUACGAUAUUAUCGUGAUAUUGUGUGUGAAAUUGACUAUUAGUGUUGAUCUCUCUCUCUCUCUUUCACACACACACACACACAGAGUGCUGCUUUCCAAAAUAAAUGUAAAAAAUUUUUAAUUUAACAGGAGACGUGUUUUAAGUGUGUGAUGAAGUCAUUUACACUGAAUAUCAUGAUGUAUCGUAUAAUUCACUAUCAGCUCCUGACGACCUGCAGGUUCACUUAGCCUUAAUCUGUGUGUGUGUGUGUGUGUGUGUGUGUGUGGGGCUGUAAAUUAAACCAGACACACACACACGCUCUCCUGCUUCUCCUCCACAUGGUCAGUGGGUCAGGUUUAGCCGCACUCAUAAGCUAAACUGUUUUUUUUUUUUUUUUUUAAUAUUAAGAAAUGUAGAUGUAUAUUUGUAUUCUUUCUGUUUUUCUUUUCUUUUCUUUUUUUGGAAAUAUGGACAGAAUAAAUCACAGGAAUGUUCUCCUCUUCUGAAUACUCGUCUUUUAACUUUUUGGUCCUUGUUGUUGUUUUUAAUCAGUUCACACUGAAAAUAAACUUUUUAUUUUGGGGGAAAAAUACA